CCAGCAGGGAGCCUGUCCCGCGAGGAUCCUCUCGAGAAGCGGCGGGAGCAGCGGCUAUGGAGGCGCAAGAGGAGAAAGAGGCGCAGGUUGCUGCGUGGUUGAAAAAAAUAUUUGGAGAUCAUGCCAUUCCACAAUAUGAGGUGAAUCCACGGACCACAGAGAUUUUGCAUCACCUUGCGGAACGCAACAGGGUCCGGGACAGGGAUGUCUACCUGGUAAUAGAGGACUUGAAACAGAAGGCAAGCGAAUAUGAAUCAGAAGCCAAGCAUCUUCAGGACCUUCUCAUGGAGAGUGUGAAUUUUUCCCCUGCCAAUCUGUCUGGCACUGGUUCUAGGUACCUGAAUGCUUUGGUUGACAGUGCAGUGGCCCUUGAAACAAAGGACACCUCACUAGCUAGUUUUAUCCCUGCAGUGAAUGAUUUGACUUCUGAUCUUUUUCGUACCAAAUCCAAAAAUGAAGAAAUCAAGCUCGAAUUGGCAAAACUUGAAAAAAAUCUGACUGCAACUUUAGUGUUAGAAAAAUGUCUACGAGAGGAUCUCAAGAAAGCAGAGUUGCAUCUGUCUACGGAAAGGGCCAAAGUUGACAACCGUCUUCAGAACAUGAACUUCCUAAAAGCGAAGUCAGAGGAGUUCAGAUGUGGAAUCAGAGCUGCCGAGGAGCAACUUUCAGCCAGAGGCUUGGAUGCCUCUCUGUCUCAUCAGUCACUAGUAGCCCUUUCAGAGAAAUUGGCAGAACUAAAACAACAGACUAUACCUUUGAAGAAAAAAUUGGAGUCCUAUUUAGAUUUAAUGCCGAAUCCAUCUCUUGCUCAGGUGAAAAUUGAAGAAGCAAAGCGAGAAUUAGAUAUCAUUGAAGCUGAACUUACAAAGAAAGUAGACAUGAUGGAACUCUGACCAGAGACAAAUAAACUUCGUCUUCCCUAACGAAGUAAAUCGAAUAGGACUUUAAAGAAUUGUUUCCUGUUGGCAUUCCUUAAUAACUUAAUUUUUGUGUUCUUAGAUGAGUUAAUGUCGUUAUUGAUAGAAUAGUGGUUCCUGUGUAUUGCAUUUUUGUGUCCUGAUCGUUUUCAUAUUAAAAAAUGUUGUUGGUUUUCCAUGUUGCUGGCAGUUAAGUGUCCUUCAGUAGUUCUCUUAGGUGGACAUAAUGACAGUUGUCAUGCAGUUGCUUAGGUCAGCUGAGUGACCUGCAUCUCCAGUUACGUUUCUCCCACCCUUCCCUCUCCAGCGGUUUGCUGUCGUUCUUUCUGAUCAGCUCACCUGCCUACCUCCAAAUGUUAAUAUAUGCAGGAAUUUAGUUUACGAAAAAGAUGACCUUUUAGAUCAAUAGUAGGGAGAUGGCUAAUUCAACACAUGGUGCUAGAUCCAUACUUCACAGCUUAUGUCAAGAUAAUUCCAAAAGAUCAAAGAUUUAAAUAUUAAAAAAAAGAUAGUAAAAGAAGUCUUGGAGGAGUUUUAAUGUUUGGAUUUUUACAUAAUCUUAGAGUCGGAAACAUAUAACUAAAAUCC